ACCCAUCAGAAGCCCCAUCCGAUGUCCCCAAACCCCAGAAACGCUCCAUCCAAUGUCCCCAAACCCCUCGCACGCCCCAUCUGAUGUCCCCAAACCCCAGAGAUGCCCCAUCCGAUGUCCCCAAACCCAUCAGACGCCCCAUCUGAUGUCCCCAAACCCAUCAGAAGCCCCAUCCGAUGUCCCCAAAUCCAUCGGAAGCCCCAUCUGAUGUCCCCACAUCCCGGAAACGCCCCAUCCGAUGUCCCCAAACCCAUCGGAUGCCCCAUCCGAUGUCCCCAAACCCAUCAGAAGCCCCAUCUGAUGUCCCCACAUCCCAGAAACGCUCCAUCCAAUGUCCCCAAACCCCUCGGACGCCCCCAUCCGAUGUCCCCAAACCCUUCGGACGUCCCCUCAGGCACCUCCGUCAUCUCGUCGAGCUCCGCCAUGGCCGAAGCCGUCCACUAUAUCCACCUUCAGAACUUCAGCCGUUCUCUCUUGGAGACCCUCAACGGUCAACGCUUGGGCGGUCACUUCUGCGACGUCACCGUCCGCAUCCGCGAAGCCACGCUCCGAGCUCACCGUUGCGUUUUAGCCGCCGGAAGUCCCUUUUUCCACGACAAAUUACUUUUGGGUCAUUCGGCCAUCGAAGUGCCGCCGGUUGUCCCCAGCGGAGCCGUUCGGCAGUUGGUGGAGUUCCUCUACAGCGGUUGUUUGGUGGUGGCGCAAUCGGAAGCUCUUCAGAUCCUCACGGCCGCUUCCGUCCUCCAAAUCAAAACGGUCAUCGACGAAUGCACCCAAAUCAUCUCCCAAAGCCGUGGGCCGAAAGCGAUGGCGCUUCUCCCAUCCCAUCCCAUCCCAAAACUCCUUCCGGCGCCACCGCCACCACCACCGCAUUCCGAUGGUCACUUGGAGGUGACGCCGAAUUGUCACAGCCGGAAACAACGUCAACCGUUGCGUCUCCGAUUACCCAUUAAGGAAGAAAUGGAAGAUUCCGGCGCGGAAAAUUUCCUUCCGUCGUCUUUCGUUGCCGAAGAACCACCGUUUUUUGCCGCUUCCGAUGGUUUCGCCGAUGGUUUUUUACCGUCGUGGACCGGAGAAGAUAAAUUCGGGUCCGAUGGUGGCUUGGAAGGACCAAAGGAAGAGUUUGGGAUCGACGCGGGAACGCCGGGAGGGGACGGAUUGGGUUUGGCGGCGGCGGCGCUCUACGAAGGGAACGCCCAAAGGUUGGAGGACACCACCCGAGGGGGUCCUUCGCGUUGUCCGGAAGUUUCUUUCCGGUGCGGUCAUUGCCAGAAGACCUUCAGCUCCAGGAAGAACUACACCAAACAUAUGUUCAUUCAUUCCGGAGAGAAGCCCCACCAGUGCUCCGUCUGUUGGCGCUCCUUCUCUCUCCGCGAUUACCUUCUCAAGCACAUGGUGACCCACACGGGCGUCCGCGCUUUCCAGUGCGGCGUUUGCUGCAAGCGCUUCACCCAGAAGAGCUCCCUCAACGUCCACAUGCGCACCCACCGCCCCGAGCGCUUCCAAUGCCGCCUCUGCGCCAAAGGCUUCUCCCACCGUACCCUCCUCGAGCGUCACUCGGCCGCCACCCACCCACCGGGGCCACCACCGGGGCCACCGCCACCUGAAAGCGGGGGAACAACGUGGCCCGGGGUGGAGGCCGUGGGUGCCGGCGCGGCGCACACCACGUGACGACCACGGAGAGGUGGAUUUGGGGUUCUACCUCUCAUGGGUGAACCUCCAGGAGGACAUAUCUGGAGGGUUUGACCCCAUCUGAGCAACGGAGGUGACACCGGCGAUGGAGGGAUGGAAGAAGAUGGACUUUCUCCUUCGUGUGAUGUCAUUUUUGGCCCCACAAAUCACAGUGGAAGGGGUGGAGGGACACUCGGUGGGUGGUAGCGGUCAACGCGUGGGGUUGAAGGGCGUUUAACGGUGUCGGUGUUGAUUUAUUCGCCUAAAAAUGCGCUCUCUUCUCACGGGGAAACGUCUGCAGUGAG